CGAGUUUUGCUGAUUGUAUCCACUGAAUGACCGUUUAGUUCCUGUUCCGUCGGUUAUUCUGGAUUUGCAAAUGCUCUCUCCCUUUCUUCAUUCUCUUCCCCCUAAAAUUCUCUGCAAUUCUCGGCACCGAAAAUCUCCAUUACCGUGUGUUUUUUCAUCUUUCAAAUCAUCCAUCUGUUUAUGGUUUGUAGGGGAGUGAAGAGAAGAAUCAAUGGCAUACAAGGUUGAUCACGAGUACGAUUAUCUAUUCAAGAUCGUCUUAAUUGGAGAUUCGGGUGUGGGAAAAUCCAACAUUCUUUCCAGGUUUACGCGGAAUGAGUUCUCCUUGGAAUCUAAAUCCACCAUUGGUGUCGAAUUCGCUACCAGAACACUUCAGGUAGAGGGCAAGACGGUGAAGGCACAAAUAUGGGACACGGCUGGUCAGGAGAGAUACCGAGCCAUCACAAGUGCUUAUUAUAGAGGUGCAGUUGGUGCACUCAUGGUCUAUGACAUAACCAAGAGGCAAACGUUCGAGAAUGUCCAGAGGUGGCUCAAUGAACUGAGGGACCAUGCCGACUCCAACAUUGUCAUCAUGAUGGCUGGAAACAAGUCCGACCUGAAUCACCUUAGAGCAAUCCCCGAACACGAUGCUAAAUCAUUGGCUGAGAAGGAAGGGUUGUCAUUCCUCGAGACUUCAGCAUUGGAAGCAAUUAAUGUGGAAAAAGCAUUCCAGACAAUCUUGUUGGAGAUUUAUCAGAUAAUAAGCAGGAAGGCAUUGGCAGCUCAGGAGGCAGCUGGUACUUCUGGGCUUCCCGGUCAAGGCACCACCAUUAAUGUUGGGGAUUAUUCAGGUAAUUCGGGAAAGAAAGCUUGUUGUUCUAAUUGACACUGGCAGACAUGAAAGAAGUGCCAGCGUGACAAAGACAAAUUUUGUUCAACCGCAAUAGAAAAUGUGGGAUAUGUGCCGCCUUCUUUAGCAAUUUUUUGAAUAGUGAUCAUGUGAGGGAACACCAAUUGCUGCUAAGAACCACUGUUGAGCUAGAUAUCACAAUGUUAAUCAUCUACUUCACUGGAACAAAGAAGAAUGUUUCGAAAUUUUGUGUCACAUUAUAGGCAGGUAUACAAAAACAAAACCUUGUAAUUGUAGUUUUACUUUUAUAUUAUUGUUAAGAUCAUCAGUAUUUUUCAAUCUUUCAAUCAACUUUUCUGUUCAUUUUUUUAUUAGCACGAAUUAAAUUCAAGCUUUCA